CUGAAGUGAAACGUAAGAGAGUGUAGGAGGUUGCGGAAGAAAUCUGGUUUUGGUUUGGUGACAAAAACAACAUUGAGGAUCAACGCGAGAUAUUAUGUUAUGACCCGACAACAAAGUCAACCAUACAGUCACCUCGGAAAUCGCGCUUAACCAGGCUGUUCUCCUCCAUGAGGUUUCUGGCCAGGUUGUGCCCCUGCUACUACAAGGCCGGCGCAGCCUCCGACCACGGCGCCGACCACCACGACGAUCCCAACUGCCCCGACGACUCCUUCGACCUCAUAUUCGACCUCCACACUCUCCAACUUGCCACCAAUUUCUUCUCCGACCUCAACCAGCUAGGUCAUGGAGGCUUUGGUCCUGUCUUCAAGGGAUUGAUGCCAAAUGGUCAAGAAGUGGCGGUUAAGAAGCUGUCAUUGCAAUCAAGGCAAGGAAUUAAAGAGUUCACCAAUGAAGUCAAGCUAUUACUCAAAAUUCAACACAAGAACUUGGUUAUAUUACUGGGUUGUUGUGCAGAAGGGCCUGAAAAGAUGCUUGUUUAUGAGUAUCUGUCUAACAAAAGCCUUGAUCACUUUCUGUUUGAUAAGAGAAGGUCUCCAAUUUUGGACUGGGCAACACGAUUUAGAAUAGUUACAGGUGUGGCAAGAGGACUUCUCUACCUGCAUGAAGAAGCCCCGGAAAGAAUUAUUCAUAGGGACAUUAAAGCUAGUAACAUAUUGCUGGAUGACAAACUAAAUCCAAAAAUUUCAGACUUUGGCUUGGCAAGAUUGUUUCCUGGGGAGGACACUCAUGUGCAGACAUUCAGGAUUUCCGGUACACAUGGUUACAUGGCUCCUGAAUAUGCUUUGCGUGGAUAUCUAUCUGUGAAGACAGAUGUUUUCAGUUAUGGAGUCCUGGUGUUGGAAAUAGUUAGUGGAAGAAAAAACCAUGUCUUGCACCUUGGUUCAGAAAAGGCAGAUCUCUUGAGCUAUGCAUGGUCGCUAUAUCAAGGGGGUAAGAUAAUGGACUUAAUUGACCCAACCCUUGGUAAAUACAAUGGUGAUGAGGCAGCAAUGUGCAUUCAGCUAGGUUUGUUGUGUUGCCAAGCAAGCAUAAUUGAAAGACCUGACAUGAAUGCUGUUCAUCUUAUGCUCUCAAGUGAUUCCUUCACUUUGCCAAGACCAGGUAAACCAGGAAUUCAAGGUCGUGUUGGACGUUGGACUACAACCACAACUUCUGCUUUGACCAAUACCAAUGCUAGUAGUGCUACCAGGGCCUCAGGUGGUAGUAGUAGUUUUGUAGAGGAUUAUUCUAGAAAUUCUAUAUCUACCUCUUCUUUUGAUGAAGGCAGAUGAGAAGACCUACAUUCAUAUUGUAUAGAGUGUAACUGAAGCUCACUAUUUAUUUAAGGGUAUUUUUUUUUUUGUAAUAUCGUAUUUAUAUCAGUAGAGAAAUAGUUUGAUGUAUUUAACAAAGGAUUGAGGCCUUUUUCUUUGCUGCAUUA